AUGUUGUAUUCGCUAGGGUACCGCUACAUCGCUGUGAACUUUGUGGUUCCAGAAAACACCAAGCUUCCGUUCAACACCCCAGACAAGCUUAAUCCAAUUCCCAUCGAGACACUUCGAAAAAGAACACAAAAGUAUGAAGGUCUUCGACUUUUCUCAAGAAUCACUUUGGUGAUAACAGACCCCGCAAAGUGUCAGAGCAUCCUGAAGCUCCAUGCCUCUAAUGCUUUUGACCUCAUCGCCGUGCAGCCUACGACAGAAAAAGCUCUUCAGCUUACCACUGCCAACCUCGAUAUAGACAUUGUGUCGUUGCCGAUGGGCACACGAUUGCCGUUUUUCAUCAAACACAAAACCGUGGGCCAGGCUUUGGAAAAGGGCAUGAAGUUUGAGAUCUGCUACCUGGGCCUAAUAUCUGGACCUGCUCAGUACGAGCUGUCGAUGGUGCUUGGAACCACUGGCCACUUAAGCCGCAAAAACUUCAUAUCCAAUUGUCUACAGCUUAUCAGGGCCAGCAGAAAUAGAGGGCUCUUGUUUUCAAGUGGUGCUCUGGAACCAUUGCAUGCGAGAAACCACAGCGACAUCUUGGCGUUGAUGGAGGCUCUAGGGUUGAAGGUGUCAAGUGGCAAAGAGGGUUUCGUGAAGAACCCAGAGUUGGCAUUGAUGGCAGGAAGACUCAGAAUCAAGUCCAACAAGCAGACUGUGAUGUUGGGGAACCAGGGCGGUAGAGGCGCUGCUGCUAUUAUUGACGAGAUUAUUCCCAAAACCGUGGACUCUACGAAAAGGGAGAAUGACGAUGAUACCGCUCCUGCCAAGCGCAGAAAGCAGUGA